AGGCCCGUAAAGUCCAAAUCCGAUUUCCCUGGCGUUAAAGAGCUUGGAGCAAAUGUGAUCAGCGCAACCUAAAAUAGCCCCCUCCCUCAAUCUCUCUCCCUUUGUGUGUACAAUAUGUGUGUGCACACAUGCAGACUCAUCAUGGCCACCAGGUGUAGCAAAGCGAGGACUCCAGGGCCCCGACUCCACCCACAUCCACCCCAGGGAGUCUAUAAAAGAAGGUGCCCUGGGCACAAGGCCUUCCACUGGCUAGGUUGAAACAGGGCAGGAAGGACAAGCCAGGAACUGUUGGUGAAGCGGCGUGGGGUGCGUGAGCAUACACCCAAACCAUGGGCAAUAGCAAGAGCGGAGCUCUAUCCAAGGAGAUCCUGGAAGAUCUGAAGCUGAACACCAAGUAUUCGGAAGAUGAGCUUUGCAAAUGGUAUGAGAGCUUCCAGAAGCAAUGUCCCGAUGGGCGCAUCAGCCGGUCUGAGUUUGAAAAGAUCUAUGCCAACUUCUUCCCCAACUCUGACCCCAAGGUCUAUGCCCGGCACGUCUUCCGGAGCUUUGACACCAACGAUGAUGGGACCCUAGACUUCCGGGAGUACAUCAUUGCGCUCCAUCUCACCUCCACCGGCAAGACCAACCUCAAGCUGGAAUGGGCCUUCGCACUCUUUGAUGUGGAUCGCAAUGGAGAGAUCAGCAAGCAUGAGGUUCUUGAGAUCGUCGCAGCGAUAUUCAAGAUGAUUCCUCCCGAGGAACAGAAGACUUUGCCAGAGGAUGAAAACACUCCUCAGAAACGGGCUGACAAGCUGUGGGCAUAUUUUAAUAAGGGAGAAACCGAUAAACUUGCUGAAAAGGAGUUUAUUGAAGGAGUGACGAAGAACGAUGCAAUAAUGAGACUCAUCCAAUAUGAGCCCAAGAAAAAAUAGGAGCUUUUGGUAUUAAUUGUUAGGGGGGAAAUAAAAGUGUGGGUGUAAAAAUCAGAGCUUGGAAAAGUUACUUUUGGGGGACUACAACUCCCAGAAUCCCCAGCCCACAUGGCCAGAGGCUAUGCUCUAGAAAUUCUAGAAAUUAUAGCUUUUUGGGGAAAAAAUACUGUUUCCAAGCUCUGAUAGAAGCGUAUGUUUGUAUGCAUGAUGCAAAGUAAGGCAGAAUAUUGUAAUACCCUGUGUGUGUGUGUGUGUAUGAGUAUAUGUGUGAGAGAAAUAAUAUAAAUAGAAGUUGGGGGGAAAUUUGUGCACACUCAUGGAAAAAGUACGACUAUAAACACAACUGUGUAUACCCUUUACUGUACAAACCCAACUCUUGUUAGCGAUAGCCACCCUUUUUCUGUUUCUGCCCUUUUAAUUUUGCAUUAUUUUUUUCAAUGGAAGGUCAGCCCCACGGCCAUUAAAAAAAUGCUCACUUGAGCGAACCUAUUUGGGGGCAGGGGGAAGAAAGGUGGAGGUAUGAAAAACAGUUAAGAAACAAGGAAAAUAUUAUUAUUGCUAUUAUUAUUAUUAUUAUUAUUGUUGUUGUUGUUAUUUAAGUUGCAAAAAACAAGACACACAUAAAGGAGGUAAGAGUCAGUGGACUUGGAUCCAGGAGACUAGUCGUGAGGCUCGCCAGAAGACAAGCUCUCAAGUCCUUUUGUUAUGAUCCCAUUUUAAUUGCCAGGCUUCUAUCCAAGUGUUUUGGACUUCAACUCCCACCAUUCCUAACAGCCUCAGGCCCCUUCCUUUUCCCCCUCAGCCGCUUAAGCGGCUGAGGGGGAAAAGGAAAGGGCCUGAGGCUGUUAGGAAUGGUGGGAGUUGAAGUCCAAAACACCUGGAGGCCCAAAGGUUGGGAAACACUGUCCUAGACCUUUCCUAAGACACUGCUUGAAGAUGUAUUGUACUUCGGUUGUUUUGGACAGUGAGGGUCAGCAAGCUAGCUAACAGAACUAUAGAGCCGAUGUAAUUCUUCCUAAAUGUGGAUUUUAAUGUCCGUCGUCGUUUUCCUUCCUCUAUCACGCUAGCGGUGUUUCUUGUUUCUGUAAGAAAAACAGGGUUACUUACUUCUAGGGAGGGGUCGGCCAGGGUUAAUAUCCUAAAGAGGAGCGUGUUUAAGUUUCUGUUACCCUGUCUGUUUUUCAAUAAAGGGCAUUGUGUGUA